AUGGCAGCUAUCUAUGGACAUUACAACUUCUGGAACAUAACAAGCGAGCAGGCUUUACAAGAACCUUGGCUUCGUCAAGAAAAUGUCAAGCCUCUGGCGGUCACUAGUUCUAUUCUCUCGAUCGUCAUGGCGCCCAUAAUAGUGGUUGGCAAUUUGCUGGUGUUGUUAGCAGUUUGGAAAGAUCCCCUUAAGAAACUUCGCUCAUCACCCUCCAACUUCAUUUUGGUCUCCAUGGCUCUCGCUGAUCUGUUAGUCGGUUUGGUGGUUUGUCCAAUCACUGCGUAUUGGCGCUGGGUAAUUUUUGACAAAAAAACAUCGCACUUUGGUCUUUCCGUUAUUUUUGCCAUCAACGUUUUCUCUGUGAAUGUGAGCUUCGUCCACAUGUUGCUGUUGACAGUAGAUAGACUUUUCGCCGUGGUAACACUGCUCCAGUAUCGUUGUAAAAUAACGAAUAAACGAGUGCUUGUCGCUUGUUGUGUUUGCUGGAUGUACUUCGUGGCGUUCGGGUGUUCAUUUCUUGUGUUUCAGGACUAUUUUGUCAUAAUGGUAACAAUCUACAACGUACAGCUCUUAUCCAUUCUCUUAAGAGUGGUUGUCAGAGAAAACCGGGCAAAAUGUUAAAAAUGUCAACGGAAGGGGGUCAACAGAAUAAGUUCAUACUAACACCAUAGAUAGGUUAGGUUGAGUAAUGGACAAAUAUAAUAAACAUAGGUUCUUCACUGCUCUUGUAUUAAAGAUACGAGCAUCACUUUAUUCGACCCCCUCGGACGCCAUUUUUAUAAGCAAAUUUUCACCAUUUUCUGACACUCACAGAACCCUCAAAAUUUAACGAGCGAAGUUUAUUUUUUGUAUGCGAUACAACACAUCAUAGAACUACUUUCUAAAGCCAUAAGAAUUGUUAACCAGCCACGGACAAGACUAAAAUUUUCUUAUUUUAUCUUACCUAAACUCAGUUUCUGCAAACGAGCAAAAAAUCGGGCAUUUUUGAAUUGAUCUACACCGCACAACUAAAACGACAGAACAACUCUGAAAGCCAAAUUGCAGUCUACUAUCAUCCAUGUAACCAAAACACUAAUAAUCAUUUUGGGCCAUUCAAACAGGAAGAAAUUAGACAACUCACAUUUGUUAUAGUUUCCAAGGUUUUUCUUGCAAACAGGCCGAUCCCUUCGUGUUUGUUUUAAGUCCUCUUCGUGAAUAUUCUUUCAUAUUUCGCUGUAAAGUAUGUUCACCAGCUCGAGAACAUAUCAAAAAGCUCGAAAUACUACCUAGGUUACAUUUUGAAAGGGCAAAAAGUGCUGAACGACAGGAUGAAACUAGAAAAUAACAAAGCGACGCCAUCUUGAAAAUUCAGCACUCAGGAGGGACUGGCACUAGUAGCUGCCUUGUCCAAGUCCACAAGGUGAUGAACUCGAUGAAUUACCAAAUAGAUAAAAAAACAAAAACAAACAAACAAACCGGCUUAUCAGUUACCUACUACAGUCCUAUUUCUUCUUCAAUUACUAGUUUUAGUUAAAUUGUCGUCGUUUUUUUUUUUUGGCGGAGUGAUAGGGUGUGGUGAACAGGUGACCAAUUGCCAUUACUUUAAUUAGUCUUUAUUUACUCUUCAUUCACUUCAUUUUGAGUUAUCCCGUAUAAGGCUUUCUUUGGAAUCUUUUUUUUUUCCACAGCUUUAUUGGGUAUUCCUCUUGUAAUAUACAAUAUAAAUUUAUAAUACAACACACAAAAAAAAAAGAAAAGAAAAAGAAUUUAGACGCAAAAAUCCAAAAGGGGUAGGUGCAACGGGACUAACGUCCCAUGCGAGGCACGGCCUUUAUUCUAUCAUCUAUUUUUGCGUGAGUCUUCAAUCACCGUCCAUGUCCGAAGGCCCACUCAUCUCAUGUUCCUGAUUUCAUGAUGCACUUUUCAUAGUCCGGAAGGCUUCGUCCGAAGGGUACCUCUUUCAAGCAUCAGGUGUAACAAAGGGUAGGAAAAUCACACGUUGAAGUAUGUGAAAGGAGAGGAAAAUCUUUCAUUAAGUAUUUUAAAGGGCCUUUUAUUAAAAUGCUUCGAAGAAACACGCCUUAUGGCAAUAUCAUUUACAUGUUGUUUCAGUUAAAGGUUACACGAAAAUGGCCCAAAGACCUCCUUUCUUACCGAUUUAUUCUUACGAAGCAGAUAUAUGAAAAGGGUACAACUUUUCAAUGGAAGAUACACGAAAGGGAUACCUUUUGUCAAAAAUAGUAUAUAUAAGGGUAAGGGACUGGACCUCGGGGCAAAGCCUCUCCGAGCAAAGCUUUAUUGAGUAGCCUCCCACCCCCCUCCCCUUUUCCCUAGGGCUUUCCACAAGUUGCUCGGCAACUUUUGGCAACUUCUAGUAUUUCGAGCAACUUUUUGUAUAAUUUCUGAGCAAUUUCUCUCACUAGUUUUUUUCGAGUUCGGAGAUAUCUGAGCAGCUCUUACUGCUUAGCUUGGUCUUGCUUCCAUAUUGCACAGUGUUUUAGUAGACAAUUUAGGAACUUCCUAUGAAAAAGGAGCCAAAUCCUCACCCCUUGGGGGGUGGGUGAUGGGCACACGAUGCAGCCGAGCUGCUAGGUCAGAGGUUUUUUUGAACAAAAAGGCAAAAUGGGGGACUUCGAUUCACACUAGACUGACACGAGUGUCUGAGGUGAAGAAGGUCAUUCAACAAUUUUAAUGGCUCAUAAGAUAAAUAUGAAUAUUGAUGUGUAGUCUUUACUCAUACAUUUUUGGUUUUAAUUGUGGUUUGCCGGCUCCUGAUGGCAACGCUAAUUACGCUGCGAAAUUGCAAAAAAUUACGUUUUCAUACUCUACCAGGAGCCAUAUAUAUCUAAAUCGGGAUAGUAGACCGUAACUGGAUACCUUUUCCAGGGAUGGGGUUGACUUCAUCGAAAUAUCAGGGGCACCCAACGAGAAGAUAGUUCGAAACCACUUAAAACAUACCAUUAUUAAACGUAUUUUAGUAUAUUUUAUGGAUCAAAACUUACCUUUUCGAAAAUUUCAGCCAGAACAAAGGCUCAUGAAAAAUUCUAGGUGACCUUUUAAGGGUAAAAAUCCGUUAAAAAUGGGCAAUUAUACGUACCAUUUUUUAGAUGCUCGAAAAUCCUAGGAGAGACAGGCAAGCAAGAAAUUUUACAACAAAUGUUCCGAAAAUUCUAGAUCGCAAAUCGUCUUCCGAACAGAUAUUUUCCGAAAAUUGUCGUUGGGUGCCCCUGAAAUAUAUAUCAUAGCCAUUAAAUGUGCUAUUUUUAGCACAUUUUGUGCCAUCUCGUGUGACUCGCGCGCGCAUUUUUUGCAACAGCGCCGUGGAAAAGAUUAACAAACGAAAUGGCGUUGGAAAUUACCUCCUUAGGAGAUGAAUAAAUUCCAUUUCUGUCAUUAUUGCCUCCUCUGAAUUUAAGGCAAGACCUUGAAAAUUUAUCUAAAUGUGAGGACUGCUUUUGUUAAACACCGUAGUGAGAGUGUUUUUGACAAAUCCAGUGACGAAGAGAUGUAGGAGAUGUCAAUUCUUUCACAGCUACACCAGUAAACAAAAAGGAACCCAGUGGCUGUAAACUUCCAGGUGUACGACUUCUAUUAAUGAUCAAUAUGAUGGAAAAGGUACCAACUCGAGUUAACACUCGGACCCCUUUUACAAAUUUUUGAACGGCCAAAAACUUGCACGGAUCCGCCUUUUCCUUACAUGCAACCCGCGGAACCGUAAAGUUUUUGAGCUGCAAACAGUACUGCAAUCUGUAAGAGAAUUUGCGCGUUCCCUCUAAACGUGGCGUUUAUCUUGUGUGGACCGUGCAAAGAGCAUUCUGAAAAAGAAGUGACGGCACAAAAAACCAUGAGUGGAAGGGGUACGGAGUGAGAGUCGUAAGAACUCCUUUGUACUUUUUAACAAAAGUUCCUUCCGGAUCCCUCCGGUAUACCAGAUUCUGGUAAACGCUAUGAAUGGCUUAUUUUGACAGCUCUUGUCAACAUUCGAAGGUCUAUUACCUUAUGGAAAUACGAAGUGACAGCGAUGAGAUCAUCAGUUAGAAGGCUUACUUUCAAAAAAGUACUUCGUCCGCUGGCACUCUUGGCCGCUUUGCGGCCCAAAAUGCCCGCUCCGCACACUGAUUCAACUGCAUGUACUAUGUUUAUUUUAAUAAACGGUUGGUAAUAAAAAUUAUUGCAAAUUUUACAGCAAGCAAUAUCCACUGCCCUCAGUUAGCCCGCACGCUUCGAAACUCGCGAGGUUGAUAUAUAGCAAGUCUAGCUAGCUAGCAUGAGAGCGAAGUUAAGUGAUUCAUAAAGAGGCAAAAUAGAUCUUUAAUAUUAUCUACAUUCACCGGACACCUCGAAAUGAGGAGGGAAUGAAGCAAUGCCAGUUAAUCACCAAUUUACCUGCGAUCAGGCGUUCUUCUUGUUUUUUCCUUUGAAAGAAAAACAAGCUAAAUCCAACUAAAAGAAGUAAUUGAAGAAGAAAUAAGACUGGCGUAGGUCGCUGGUAAGCUGGUUUGUUUGUUUUUUGUUUUUUUAUCUUAUUGGUAAUCAGGAGCCCAUAUGCUCCUGGUGAGAGUUCGUAAUAGCCCACGUUCGAUAAAGAAAAAUUCUAACAUGAAUCUGAGGCUUUCUGGUUACAUUUCUAUAUUAGGUUUGGUUUUCUAUGUGCUCGUGGAAAAUUUGCAAUUUUUGUCCGUAUGUUUAGAUAUCGAACGCAGCUACUAGUGCCAGUCCCUCCUGAGUGCUGAAUUUUCAAGAUGGCGUCGCUUUGUUAUUUCUAGUUUCAUCCUAUCGUUCAGCAAUUUUUACCCUUUCAAAAUGUAACCUAGGCAGUAUUUCGAGCUUUUUGAUAUGUUCUCGAGCUGGUGAACAUACUUUACAGCGAAAUAUGAAACAACAUUCAUGAAGAGGACUUAAAACAAACACGAAGGGAUCGGCCUGUUUGCAAGAAAAAGCUUGGAAACUAUAGCAAAUGUGAGUUGUCUAAUUUCUUCCUGUUUGAAUGGCCCAAAAUGAUUAUUAGUGUUUUGGUUACAUGGAUGAUAGUAGACUGCAAUUUGGCUUUCAGAGCUGUUCUGUCGUUUUAGUUGUGCGGUGUAGAUCAAUUCAAAAAUGCCCGAUUUUUUGCUCGUUUGCAGACACUGAGUUUAGGUAAGAUAAAAUAAGAAAAUUUUAGUCUUGUCCGUGGCUGCUUAACAAAUCUUAUGGUUUCAGAAAGUAGUUCUGUGAUGUAUUGUAUCGCAUGCAAAAAGUAAACUACGCUCGUUAAAUUUUGAGGGUUCUGUGAGUGUCAGAAAAUGGUGAAAAUUUGCUUAUAAAAAUGGCGUCCGAGGGGGUCGAAUAAAGUGAUGCUCGUAUCUCUAAUACAAGAGCAGUGAAGAACCUAUUUUUAUUAUAUUUGUCCAUUACUCCACCUAACCUAUCUAUGAUGUUAGUAUGAACUUAUUCUGUUGACCCCCUUCCGUUGACAUUUUUAACAUUUUGCCCGGUUUUCUCUGACAACCACUCUUAAGCAUUCUUAUAAUGUACGCAGUUAUCAUGUUCCAUUUCCAUAGGUAUUCAAAAACAAGAGAAAAAGAACAGCGGCAUUCAAUAGACAGUCGCCUGAUGAUCCUCAAAAGAGAAAGAAAUCUCUUCAAAGCGAUCGCCAUCAUCAUCUGUGCAUUUCUUAUUUGCUACAUGCCCUGGUUUAUAGUUCAGCUAUUGAAAUAUUUGUGUAAACUAUGCCACCCUCAUGUGGCAUUACUUAUGAUAUUCUUUGGAUUUUCAACCAAUUUAACUCACGCAAACUCCUUCUUGAACCCGAUACUUUAUUCAUGGCGGCUUCCAAAAUUUAGAGAAACAUUCAAGUACUUUUGGAAAAACCGAAAUUUUGGAAGACUGCACUGA